UCACUUGAAUCAGUUUGCCUGAGAUAAACUUCCUCUCGGAAAGAUACUCCAAAAAUAUCUAAAUAUCUGUGAGCUGGGAGAUUUACGCCAUGUUGACGCGUGGUUUAGCAGUGCUUUUUGCCAGUUUUCUAGUAUUGGAGAAGAUGUCUUGGAGCAAUGCAGCGCCGUCACUGACCCUUACGAACAACUACAUGGAUUUGAAAGGCAACGCGCAUAUCAAAUUCUUUGAGCCGAGAGAAAAGGUUUGGGCUGGACUUGCUAAAGGCCAUCGCUUCCCAGUAUUGUAUAGUGGUGAUCUGAUCGCUCUCAGAAUGGCCUACACGUCAGGGAGUCUGCAGACACGAUGGAUAAGUUGUUCUACAAGCAGUUAUUGUGUCACCUCCACGUGUCCUGGUGGAACGGUAAGUGGCCAUCAUUUAUAUCAUCUCCACUCAAAUUCCUUCGAUCGUUAUUGAUUAUUUCCUUCUGCA